GAUGAAUAGCGGCUCUGCAGAACUGGCUGAAAAAGUGCUUGUGAUAUUAAAAACUUUCCUACAUGGAAACAACAGCUUUGAAAUUUCAAAUUUAAUUUCAAACAAACUGCUGCAAAUAUUGCAAGAUACCAUGAUAGCUUCAGAUUCGCAAGCAGAGAAAACGUUGCCGUCAAUUCUCACCAUUCUAUGCCUGCUGCAGCAGAAGAGUCAGCCUAAAAUUGUGCUGGACGGAACAUAUUUUAAGCUGUUCUACAACGUGAACAAUAUAUCUGGGAAAAGCAGCCUACGCAGUGAGAACAUCCUUCAGCCUGCACUCAACUUCCUAUACUGCAGCAUUCAUCUUACAAGUACAACUUGUAAAGUGAGAGCCACAGCGGUAAUUCUCUCUAACACAUCUUUACUUGAGCUGAUAGAGGAAAUAAUGGAAAAAACAUGGGAUACAGCCCAAAAUGAGUUCAGCGAGUCCUUGUGCUGCUCUGCCUGGUUAAUGACUUCAGCCCUGAUGAUCUUCCAGCAGUGCUACAAUUUACAGGUCCACAGAACUGUUCAGGUCGAUGUGAAUAAUCUGGUAGAGUUCAUUUCAUUUAAAUUUAAGGAUACAUCAUUCCUGCUUAUUGUGAGUAUUCUUCAGCACCUCAAAGCACUGCUCAAACAGAAAUUCUCCUCACCAUUUAUUAAGCUAGAACACAGAAAUCACCCACGGCCAGAACCACCAGAUGCUGUUUGGCCCUUGACAACUCAAAGCACACGCUACCUGGUUGCAGCUUUACAGAACCUCUUGGUGCAGAAAGACACACUUCUCCUGCAAACAACCAUAGACUGUUUUGGCUCUCUUUUAGAUUUUCUGCAUGACAAGGCACCUGAUCUUGCACGUCAUGUGGCAUCACUACCAUGGAACAGAUCUGUGCUCCUUGUAUCUUUGUCUUGUAAAGCAAAUGACUACUUACAGCCCGGUGUGCUUCGGCUUAUAUCACUGUUUGUGAAAUAUGAAAGUCUGAACGUCCUUACACUGGAUGAAAUAAAUCAACUUAUCGAUGAGGCAGCACAUUUAAAAAUGAUAGACCUUUCACAAACGGCUUUGCUGGAUUUGCAGAUUUUCUUGCUACAGAUUCAGAACAAGCAUAUAGAAUUGGAGCCAGCUAGGAAAGCAGUAAUUGAAGAUCUUUUGAAGAAUAUUGACAGCAUUCCGAUGGAUUUUAUGUCAACAUCUAUACUAUAUGUGAAUGGAACCGCUAUAUGCCUGACUGAUACGGCAGAGUAAGAAAUGUCAAGAAGAUUUGAUAAAUGGCGCAGCGGUCAUCAGAAUUCUAUUUGCACAUAAUAAAGAUCAAUGAAAGUCCCAA